AUGUAUGCUGCUCUGCGCUCUCUAGUUCAGAAGGGACAGACCAUUGGCGUAAUGGUGACUGCUUCACACAAUCCACCCUCUGACAACGGACUCAAGGUGAUUGACUCUGACGGCGGAAUGUUGCCUCCGGAGGCCGAAACUGGUCUCGUGGAGUUCGUCAAAAUGCAGCCAUCCGGGGUAACCGCUUGGAUGAAAAAGCACUUGCCGCAAGAUCUCGGUGGGCCUUUCUGCUUACAUAACUUUGAUUCAUAA